AUGGAACUAGUUGGAACAAGAACAAUAGAAAAGGGAAUUGAAGAAGUAAUCGUUCUUGUCGUGUUCAACUGGAACAUAUUUUCAAGACUUUCAACAUCGAUAAAACUCGGCAUUGAAACGGUCGAAGCGAUUGGACAUUUACACGACAUUGGCUACAUACAUCGUGACGUAAAGCCGCAAAAUUUUACGAUCGGCAAUGGUGAAAAGGCCGAUAAUAUUUACUUGCUGGAUUUCGGUAUUGCUAGACGAUACAUCGAAAAGUUUACAAAAGCGAUCAGGAUACCGCGAAGACAAGUGAAAUUUAUUGGUACGAUAAGAUUUGCGUCACGAAGUUGUCAUCUGGGCAAAGAGCAGUGCAGACGUGAUGAUCUCGAGGCAUGGGUUUACAUGCUUAUCGAAUUCACACAAUACGCCAUUUUGCCGUGGUCGAGAACAAUCAAUCGCGAGACGGUUCUUCGCGAAAAACAACGUUUAUUUAAUGGAAAAUGUUCGUCAUUGCACCGUCGCUUUCAUUAG